UUGUGUUGAUGCUGAAUAUGCGCCCGCGAGCUGAGUGCACGUGUGUACGACAGCUGAGGACAUACUUGACAAAUAUCACCCAAACAUCGUUAUUUACGCCAUUUUUCACCAUCAUUCUCGCCCUAACGAUGUAAGAAAGCGACGAAAAAGACUCAGUAUGUCUAAGGAGGUCCCAGAAUCGCUGAAACAGUUUAUCCGGGCUCUACUAUUAUCCGCGAAAAAUGGCGUUAAACAGACUCGGUUCAUAUCUGAGUACAAAACAUACACAGGCGAAUCUAGCUUGAAUUUCCAAGAACUGGGUUACCAAAGCCUCUACGAGUUUCUUUUAGCCAUCCCUGAUGUUGCCAGGGUUAACUAUUCACCUAAACAUUGCGAGAAUUUAGUAUUUGGGGUUGCGCAAAAGGAUGUUUAUGCGUCGGACCACGCUAAGAAAGCUUCCAAAAAGUCAACCGGAUUGCCUCCUAGACCACCGUCGCAAUGGGAAAAGAAAGAAAACAACACUACUAAUAGCAAGAAAUCCGGUGCUAAAGGUGGCAAAACGUCGAACAGUCUGGUGAAUUCACAAAGAUCAGUAAAUAUUAGCACGAAAUCACUUAAAGUAACUGUAGAUUGUUCCUCUGGGAUCCAGAUUUCCCCCAACGCUAAAGGCUGGUAUGGGGUGCUUAUAUCCAAUCUGCCAGAGCCUUUUACAGAGGAGGAUAUAAAAGGACUCUUUUCCAAGUUUGGAACACUAAAAGAGGCAAAGAUAGUUCAAUUGGAGACAAGCAGGAAAUUUGCGUUUGCCAAAUAUUCUGAGCAUGAUGCUGCUGUGUCUGCUUUACUGGAAAUGGAUGGCUAUGUGAUCAGGGGAUCCCAACUGAGGUUAAAACCAGCUACACAAAAGCAAGCACCACAGACCACAGCCCAGCCAAGUAGUUUAUUCAACACAUCCAAAGCGAAUAUGCAAAAAGUAGUCAAGGAGCUUAAAAAAGUGGAAAUCUCUGGUAUACAAUCUUCAAACAGCAAUGACCCAAAGUGCUUUACUGUUAUUGUUAGAUUUGCGAAACCUAUAAAAGGGAUAACAGAGGUUGAGCUGUAUCAAAUCUUCUCUGCCCAUGGAUCCGCUACGAAGAUAGAAAAAUAUGACAGCUAUGCCAUACUCGGGUUUGACACGGUGGAAAAUGUAAUAGGUGUUCUUCAACACAAGCCAUACUUUUACAACAAGAUCUUACUGACAGUUGAGCCCUGGACUGAAAGCUCUGCACCAAUUAGUCCCCAGUCUCCAAGGCAAGACCAGGCCACAGGCUUCAGUUCACUGGGCACCACAGUAGCUCAGCCAACUGUCCCUACAAGAAGUGAUGUGAAAGAAAUUUUAUUGACUGAUAAAGCAAGGAAAAAUUCCAACAGUUCGUCCUCAAGUUUUGGCGACGCUGGAUAUAUUUCAGGCAAUGGUAGCAGGGACUCCAACCCAGCAUUGAAUACAGUUACCCCUAGCCACCAAGGGUUACCUGGCAACCAGAUACCUGAGACAUCUUAUGUAAUUCAGAAUGAAGAUGUUGAAGCUAAAGUUUUGCUGACUGUAGAUGAGAUGGACAUUAUGUUGAAGACAAGUGGUCAAAAAGGAUUUAGAACUUUUGAAAAUUUCCCCAAUGAGAUAAAUGUGCUGGUCACAGAAAUUGUUGACAGUUGCCACUUUUGGGUCAUCGUAUCUGAUGGGAGUGGUAACUGGGACAAAUUGGAGAAGUUACGAGAGGAGUUGCAGCGUAUUGAAGUGAAGCCAGGACAAGCAGACAAAUAUUGCUUAGGGGCUGCUAAAUUUAGUGAUGAUAACCUUUGGUACAGGUGCUUUGUACUUGAUAUGUCGCCUGACAGGCAGCGCGCCAAGGUUCUUUACGCUGAUUAUGGCAACUCUGAAUGGGUGUCAGUGCAAGACUUCACCCUCCUUGACAAGUCCUUCUGGUCUCUCCCUCCCCAAGCUCUCCCUGUUCGUCUCGCAGGUCUUGAGCCAGCCUGCCCACCAGGCAAAAACUUGAGUGAUGGUGGAGUAGAGCUAAGUCGACUAAUUUGCAACAAGGCUUGCAUGGCAAGGAAACACAAGAACACCACACUCAAUCUGCCCCAUAUACUUGAGGUAGAUAUCUUUGUGGACGGCCAGUGUAUAAAUACCCUGAUGGAGUCUAGAGGGUUUGCCCAAGGAGUCAAGAUAUCAAAAAGCAUGUUUAAGAGGACGAACAUGACACAAAUCAGCAUUACUUGGGUUUAUGGCAUUGAGAAAUUUCUAUAUCAAGAAGUGAGUGAACCUGCAAAGAGAGAGCUUGAGCAAAUAAACAAGGAGUUGAAAGCUAUCCCCCUCACAGAGCAGCUGUUUCCUCAAGUGGGUUCCCUCGCAUGCUUGCUACUUCCUGGUGGAGAAAGGGCACGUGUCAAGAUAGUGGGGCUUCAGGGUGGAUUCCAUAAUGGCAUGAUGUUUCCAGUGAUCCAGGCAGAUGUCCUCUUGAUCGACUUAGGCUGUAUGAAGAAAGUGCAUGUAAAUAAGCUCCUUCGAAUCAACAACUCCUUGGCAAGCUACCAAGCGCAGGUCAGAUAUGGAACCCUCGCUGGUUUAAAGCACUUCCCUGAAGAACCAGGGAGGAGGCAAGGCAUGGAGGCGCUAAUCAAACAUCGGUUUAAGACGCUAGAAGCUUCAGUUGUGAAUUGGUUCCCUGACAUCUGUGAGCUAGAAGUGUUUGACAGUGAUGGCUCAAGUAUCAAUCUUGAGAUAGCUGAGUUGUUGAGAUCACAUAGGGAAAAUUCCAUCACCUCACAAACCAGCCUAGUGUCGAAUGGCCUGGACAAGUUAUCAGACAGAACAACAGAACGUCGCUUUUCUCAGAGCAGCGCGGGCAGCGAUUGGGAAAAGCCCGGGCCAACGAGCGGACCAAUGGCAUUGCCCUCAAUUAGCCAAUCAGAAACGAGUAACCAGACACGUGUUCACGAUGUAACCGAGCCAAUCAUUGUGACGGGAUCACCGCUACAAGCUGGUAGUGAUUUUUACAUGCCCCCACCCCCAAUGGAUUCUCCAGCAAUGGCCAGCCAAGGCAUGGCAGUGGCACAGAAGCAACCCCUGGACAACACUACCAAGGGUGGGAUAUCCAGAGGACAGCCAACACUCACUGUACCAGCGAGAACUAGCGUGGCAACCCAUCAACAGCCUAGGCCCCACACGCAACCUUCUGCUCAGUCCCGUAGUUAUGGAUUACCUCCUCAACAGCCUGGAAGUCACCCAGUCUUUGGUACUACAAGCGAGCAGCGUGGAUUACCUCCUCAACAGCCUGCAAGUCACCCAGUCUUUGGUACUACAAGCGAGCAGCGUGGAUUACCUCCUCAACAGCCUGCAAGUCACCCAGUCUUUGGUACUACAAGCGAGAAGCGUGGAUUACCUCCUCAACAGCCUGCAAGUCACCCAGUUUUUGGUACUACAAGCGAGCAGCCUAUAUUACCUCCUCAACAGCCUGCAAGUCACCCAGUCUUUGGUACUACAAGCGAGCAGCCUAUAUUACCUCCUCAACAGCCUGCAAGUCACCCAGUCUUUGGUACUACCAGCGAGCAGCGUCAAGGAGGUGGUGGACGGGGCUCGCCACGUGGCUCUCCGCAGCCCUUAGAGAAUAUCUACCAUAGAAAGCCUGGUCAAUCAAUCAGGGGCUUUCAACCGACUGGAGUGUCACAGACGGCACAACCUAUUAGCAGGGGUAGUGUGGGGAGUGGUUUACCCCCAAGGAACGUUAACAUGGGGUCACCUACAACGACAAUUGGACACAGCGAUCAACAUGUUUCUAGACCCUAUUCAGAAAAAAUACCACAGGCUCCCCAGCAAGCUAUUGAAAGCUCUAGACCAACACAAAACACUGGAACACCCAGCAGACUUGAUCAAAAUCCAGAUAGCCUCAACCCUAAAUAUUAUAAUGCUGCGCCGUUACCCGUAACUGCCGUGCGACAGGGGUUACCGGCAUGCUCGUCUGCUAUAAAUAGGGAGGCCGAGUGGAAAAAUGAGCGGGAAUUGCUGGUCAAGCGUCUUGAUGAACAGAGGACAAGGAUAUUCGUUCUUCAGGAGGAUAUCAGUAGGCAGUCAGACCUGGAGGUGUUGAAGGCGAAACUAGAGAAGCAAGUCAGAAUUACCACAAUUGAAAACGAGGUCUUGAAGCUACGUAAAGAGAUUGAACAGCUGGAGGCUUCAAAGGCGAGUCUACAACUGACACUGAUGAAGUAGAGUACGGACACAUCAAAGUUUAGAUGGAUGUUCAAGUUGUGAUAACUAAUGCUCUACAAGAAGUGUCGACCUAAGAGCAGAGUCUUAGAAUCGACUAGAAAGAUCUUGGUCAAGGGUUUUAAGAAUAUUUCUUUAAAAAGAGCGUCGACCUAAAAGCAGAGCUGUGGUCUCGUCUAGAAGGAUAUAGAUCAACGACUGAUCUUGGAGGAUGUGGAACGGAGAGUGGUCAAGAAGGAACGAGAAAUGGUCUGGAAGGAUCUAGAACAAGGCGUGGUUUAUAACGAUCUAGAACAAGAAAUGGUCUAGGUGGAUCUAGAACGACGAGUUGUCUAGAAGGAUCUAGAACGACGAGUUGUCUAGGUGGAUCUAGAACGACGAGUGGUCUAGAAGGAUCUAGAACGACGAGUGGUCUAGAAGGAUCUAGAACGACGAGUGGUUUAGAAGGGCCUAGAACGACGAGUGGUCUAGAAGGAUCUGGUACGAGGAGUGGUCUAGCGAGUACUAGAACAAGAAGUGGUGAGUGAUCUAGAAGGAUAUAGAACAAAGAAUGGUGUAGAACGAUCUGGAACUAGGAGUGGCCCAAGAACGAGAAUGUUGUCGUCGGCCUUACACUCCCCCUGUGAGAAGGGUCAUAAAACAUUCAGUGUAUUUUGUAAUGGGACCAAGAGUUAUGUUGUGGAUAAAAGGACGAAAAAAUGACAGGCUUUUGGAGAAAUGAUUGUUUUACUGUUUUAGCAGCUGAACUGAUGUUGAAUAUAUCGAUAUAUUCUCACAAAUAAAAAUAAGAAUAUUAUUA